AUGGAAAGGAUACUACAAGUGUUAAAUAGCAUGAAGCACACCCAGCAAGCCCAUUUGCAAUAUUUCAACGAGCUGCUAAGUAAUGCCGACAGUGCAGCUCCGCACCCUCAUGGCCUCCCAGUCCUGCCUUUCUCGAAUGUGGCGGAUGUUCUCGCGUAUGAGGAGAACCUCGAGACAGACAGACAGCCAAGCUGAUGAUCAAAUGAAAAAGUACAUGGCUGUACAAGAGGGAGAUUCGACGAAACAGAGAAGAACACGUGUACUGCAGUCCCUCCUCAGCUGGAAUGCUGCAGUGGGCUUCAGUUGGUUUGGCACAAAGGGAAAAAAAAGAAUCUGUGAACUGCUCCUCUGCAAGCUGAUGUGCGGCGUGUUGACUAAUGACAUCCAAAACCCGAAUGCGAGCCUGAAGGAUGUGGAGAAGGCUGCGAUGACCUGGUUCCGUCAUACUGCUGAGCGGCUUGCCGCGCAACAAAAAUAGUUUCUUUCUUUGUUUGUUCAACUAAUAAGAUAAUCCUGAAGGUCAGUUAUUUGCUGCAAAUU